AUGGUGCUCGAAGCCACUAUGAUUGUCUGUGACAAUUCGGAGUAUAUGCGCAAUGGCGACUACACCCCAUCGCGGUGGGAAGCACAGUCAGAUGCCGUGAAUAUGGUUUUCUCAGCUAAAACGAACGCAAACCCAGAGAGCUCGGUCGGACUCAUGUCGAUGAGCGGCAAGGGUCCCGAAGUGAGGUGUACACUCACUACAGACUUUGGAAAGAUUUUGGCGGCUCUGCACGAUGCGAAAAUGUACGGAGAGAGUCAACUAUCCACCGGUAUCCAGAUUGCUCAACUCGUCCUCAAGCACCGCCAGAACAAGCUGCAACGUCAACGAAUCAUUGUUUUUGUGGGCUCACCAAUUCGCGAGGAUGAAGCAGCACUCGUCAGGCUUGCAAAGAAGCUCAAGAAGAACAAUAUUGCUGUCGACUUUAUCAACUUUGGUGAAGAGCAGGAGAACACGACAAAGUUGGAGGCCUUCAUCGCGGCGGUAGACAAGGGUGCUGAGGACGAGGACAUGAAGAGUCACUUAGUUACCAUCCCACCUGGGCCCCACUUGUUGAGUGACAUGCUCAUUUCAAGUCCGAUCCUUGGUGGAGGUGAGGGAGGAGGCAUGGGUGGUGCAGGUGGAGGCGGCGGCGGAGACUUUGAGUUUGGUGUUGAUCCUACCCUUGACCCAGAGCUGGCUAUGGCAUUGCGGAUGUCCCUGCAAGAGGAGCAGGCGAGACAAGAGACUGAAGAG